AUGGUGGGAGGCAGCGCGACGGUGGAAGUCGAUCCCACAUUCAAAGGUGAAAUGGCUAUUCAUGGUCGCAAGCCGCUUCAACUUCAACUUCAACUUCAACUUCAACUCCAGCCAACCCAUGCAGCAUCCAGCGCGGGCUCACAGAAGCAUGCGCGCGCAGCCCCAAUGGCAGAGAGGCCUGGUGGCAUCAAUGGCGUGGUCGUCACCAGUUUGCGAUGGUGCUUUGUCCGCGCGCGCGAGUCCCUCGUUAUGGUCCUUGUGGCGGUGGUCGAUGUUAUGGUGAUGCUGAAGCUGAUGCUGAUGUUCGGAUGA